UAGCUCCCGCGCUAGAGAGAAACAUGUAUCGUUUCCGAUCACAGCUCUUAACGGGGAUUUCUGCUGCCGCCACUGCCCACUCUCACCCCCGCCGCUUCUCGCCUCUGUUGUUAGCCGCAGACUCGCCUCUUAGCCGCCCGCCGCACAGACGCACGAGUAAAAAGUGCAGCUCCAUCGGCUGAUCCUCGCUAAGCUCCGAGUUCAGGCGGCACCGGGCGUCCCACGAUGCCGAAGAAUAAGAAGAGGAACACUCCCCACCGCGGUGGCAGUGGUGGCGGCGGCGGCUCAGAGGCAGUUGCAGCUACGGCGGCAGCAGCAGCAGGUGGCCAGCAUCGAAAUGUGCAACCUUUUAGUGACGAGGAUGCAUCGAUUGAAACGAUGAGUCAUUGCAGUGGUUACAGCGAUCCUUCCAGUUUUGCUGAAGAUGGUCCAGAAGUCCUUGAUGAGGAAGGAACUCAAGAAGACUUAGAGUACAAGUUGAAGGGAUACAUUGACCUGAUGAUGGACAAGAGUGCAAAGACCAGGCAGGCAGCACUGGAAGGUGUUAAAAAUGCAGUCUCUUCAAAAAUGCUCUAUGAAUUUAUUCUGGAACGGAGAAUGACUCUCACUGACAGCAUUGAACGCUGCCUGAAGAAAGGUAAGAGCGAUGAGCAGCGGGCGGCUGCAGCAUUAGCUUGCGUUCUUUGUGUUCAGCUGGGUCCCGGAAUUGAGAGUGAAGAGAUUUUCAAGACCCUUGGACCAAUCCUCAAGAAAAUAAUUAGUGACGGGACAGCCAGCAUCCAGGCCAGGCAAACUUGUGCAACUUGCUUUGGUGUUUGCUGUUUUAUUGCCACAGAUGAUAUCACUGAGCUGUAUUCCACUCUGGAGUUCCUGGAGAGCAUCUUCACCAAGUCCUAUCUCAAAGAGAAAGGCACGAAUGGUAUUUGCAGCUCCCCCAACACUGUGUUUCACAUCAGCGCACUCCUCACAUGGACCUUAUUACUGACCAUUUGCCCACUCAGCGAAGUGAAGAAAAAGCUGGAGAUGCAUCUACACAAGCUUCCAAGCCUGCUCUCUUGUGAUGAUGUGAACAUGAGAAUCGCUGCAGGUGAAUCGUUGGCACUCCUGUUUGAAUUGGCCAGAGGAAUGGAUAGUGACUUUUUUUAUGAAGACAUGGACUCUUUGACUCAGAUGCUGAGGGCUCUGGCCACUGAUGGAAAUAAGCACAGAGCCAAAGUGGACAAGCGGAAGCAGCGGUCGGUGUUCAGAGAUGUUCUGAGGGCAGUGGAGGAACGGGAUUUUCCAACAGAAACUGUUAAAUUUGGUCCUGAACGCAUGUAUAUUGAUUGCUGGGUCAAAAAACAUACCUAUGACACCUUCAAGGAGGUUCUUGGCUCCGGGAUGCAGUACCACUUGCAGUCAAAUGAAUUUCUUCGCAAUGUAUUUGAACUGGGACCCCCAGUGAUGCUGGAUGCUGCAACUCUUAAAACGAUGAAGAUUUCUCGUUUUGAAAGGCAUUUGUAUAACUCUGCAGCCUUCAAAGCCCGAACAAAAGCUCGGAGCAAAUGUCGAGAUAAGAGAGCAGACGUUGGAGAAUUCUUCUAGAUUUUCAGCAUUUGAAGACUACGUUCUGAUUUUCAAAUUUUUUUGUAAUUUUUAAUGUAUUUAACAUAAAAAUGUAGGGAGUUUUUAAUGGGGAGGAUGUGUCCACAUAGAUAAUAUUUUUAGUCAGGGAUUAUAUAUUUAUAAUUUAAUGUACAGUAUUAAAAAUGAUGAGUUCUGAUUAUUGAUUUUUUUCUGUAAAUAGGAAUGAAGUGUUUGUAAUGUUUAGUCAUACUCUACUUGUGAAGAGAGAAAGAAUAGGGUUUUUCACUUGAUUCAUGAUGAGAAAAACUUACACAAGGUUAAAUAUCUUAUACUGUGGUUUCAAAAGUGUUGAUUGGUUCUAAUGAUAAGUACAAGAAAUAAACAGGAUCUUCACAAACAACAAUUCUUGAUACAAUUUUGGGGAGCUAAUUCCUCUGGAAAAACUGAUGAUCUUUUUAAUGUAAAUCAGCUAUUUCAGUUUUAUCUCCCGGACGAGCCAAUGGAAUUGGCCGUAUCACGAAACCCUAGCAGUUGUGCCUGAAAGGCUGUUCAGUCUGACUGUGGGCGUUCACGGUUACCGUGCGCCGGGAAGGUUGCUAACCCCGCACGUCAGAGGAGUGACACUGAUUUCAUCUGCUGUACUGUAUCUUUUACACUGAAAUAAAGGUCUUUUCAUGCCA